CCAUGUCCUAUCCAGUGACCAGUCAGCCUCAGUGUGCCAAUACCUGCUACCAGACACAGCUCAGCGAUUGGCACACGGGCCUCACCGACUGCUGCAACGACAUGCCCGUCUGUCUGUGCGGCACUUUCGCUCCGCUGUGCCUCGCCUGCCGCAUCUCUGACGACUUCGGGGAGUGCUGUUGUGCACCGUACCUGCCUGGAGGCUUGCACUCUCUGCGCACGGGCAUGCGGGAGCGCUACCACAUCCAGGGCUCCGUCGGGCACGAUUGGGCUACCCUCACCUUUUGCCUCCCAUGCGCCCUCUGUCAGAUGGCGCGGGAACUGAAGAUCCGCGAGUAAAAACGUCCUCUUCCCUAUCCCGAGUCCCUGGUCAAGCCUGGCCUCUCAGGAGAUGGGAGGGGGCACUCCUUGGAAAGCCUGUCCCACUACCCUUUGCCACCGCCAAAAAGUACACCCACAAUAAAAACCGGAAAACCA